CACAGAUCUGAACGCACAACUCUGAGAACAGAAUACUAUGCUUUUAGUGGGCAAGUCUUGGCUAAAGUGACAUCGUGGCUCCGCGUGAUGCAAUAUGAUUCUUUCUCUUUUCAAUCCCACUGUAGUGAGAAGGCCACCAAGGUGCAGGACAUCAAGAACAACCUGAAGGAGGCCAUAGAAACCAUCGUGGCCGCCAUGAGCAACCUGGUGCCCCCGGUGGAGCUGGCCAACCCUGAGAACCAGUUCAGAGUGGACUACAUCCUGAGCGUGAUGAACGUCCCCGACUUUGACUUCCCUCCCGAAUUCUACGAGCACGCCAAGGCCCUGUGGGAGGACGAGGGCGUGCGCGCCUGCUACGAGCGCUCCAACGAGUACCAGCUGAUCGACUGCGCCCAGUACUUCCUGGACAAGAUUGAUGUCAUCAAGCAGGCGGACUACGUGCCCAGCGACCAGGAUCUGCUCCGCUGCCGCGUCCUGACUUCUGGAAUCUUUGAGACCAAGUUCCAGGUGGACAAAGUCAACUUCCACAUGUUCGAUGUGGGCGGCCAGCGCGAUGAGCGCCGCAAGUGGAUCCAGUGCUUCAACGAUGUGACUGCCAUCAUCUUCGUGGUGGCCAGCAGCAGCUACAACAUGGUCAUCCGGGAGGACAACCAGACCAACCGCCUGCAGGAGGCGCUGAACCUCUUCAAGAGCAUCUGGAACAACAGAUGGCUGCGCACCAUCUCUGUGAUUCUCUUCCUCAACAAGCAAGACCUGCUUGCUGAGAAAGUCCUCGCUGGGAAAUCAAAAAUUGAGGACUACUUUCCAGAAUUUGCUCGCUACACUACCCCUGAGGAUGCCACUCCAGAGCCCGGAGAGGACCCACGUGUGACCCGGGCCAAAUACUUCAUCCGCGACGAGUUUCUGAGAAUCAGCACUGCGAGUGGGGACGGACGCCACUACUGCUACCCUCACUUCACCUGCGCCGUGGACACCGAGAACAUCCGCCGCGUGUUCAACGACUGCCGUGACAUCAUCCAGCGCAUGCACCUCCGCCAGUACGAGCUGCUCUAAGAAGGGAACCCCAAAUGUAAUGAAAGCCUUAAGCACAAUUAAUUAAGAGUGAAACGUAAUUGUACACGCGGUUAAUCACCCACCAUAUAGGGCAUGAUUAACAAAGCAACCUUCCCUUUCCCCCGAGUGAUCUUGCAAAACCCCCUUUUCCCUUCUGCUUGCUUAAAUAUUCCAAAUUUAGAAUGCUUAAGGCGGCCUACAGACACAGAAAAAGGAAAAGGAAAAGGCCACAAAAGUUCCCUCUCUCUUUCAGUAAAAAAAACAAAAGCAGCAAACAGAACUAAAGAAAUAAAGGAAAUAAAAGAAAUAAAUGAAAUAAAAGAAAUAAAUGAAAUAAAUAUUGUCUUGUGCAGCAUUAAAAAAAUCACAAUAAAAAUUAAAUGUGAGCAAA